AUGCAGCAGCCCUACUGGCGUUCUUCCACAUGCGAUUGUGUUUUGUCUGUCAGCCAUGCCUGCCCCUCAGACUCGCUGCUUGUCCUUGCAGAUGCGGGUCCCAGCGGGUCCACUUCGGAGCUUGAGGCAACAGUGGCGGGGCAGGUCAACAAACUGGACAAGCAGGUGAGGGAGCUGUCGCGCGAGUACGACCGGCUGCACCGCAUCAUCGAGAGCCGCGAGGGCCAGCUGCACAACCUGCACGUGCUCGAGCACACCAACAAGCAGAUCUAUGCCGCUAUUGUGGUUGGCCCCAGCCCUGAUGCGCUGCGGCUGGAUGCCCACCUCCGCUCCGAGGACCACCCGGAUGCCCAGGACGCAACCACCAGCACGCCCACGCUGCCCGCCAUUCAACGGAAACCCCACCGCGGCCCUUCGCCCUACAUCUCCCGCGCGCGCAGCGCCUCUCCUCGCCACGGCCCUCCUUCCCCCCUCAGCAGAAGCGCGGAGUGGGCUACCCCCAGAGGCAGUGCGGGCGUGCAUGAGAGCCGGUCCGUGGACUUUGGACGCAGUAGCAGGCAGGCCGCCCGGGGCCGCAGCCAAACGUCCCUGGGACACUCCCGAGCGCACGAGCCGCGUGCGGCGGGGGGUCGGCAGCUAAAUAGUGCUCGAACAAGCUCCACGCAUGCACACCAUGCGCCGUCCACGAAUGGGGGGGUCAAUUCCGUACACAGUAAGACGGAUGGUGCUGAGGCAGAAGACGGGGAGGAAGCAGGGGGCGAGAUGGAUGACUUGGAAUGGGACGUGGCGCCGGAGCAGGCGAGCAUGCUGCGCGAGGCGUACAUGCGGGGGCUGCUGGCGGACACGCGCGCGUUUGUGGCAGGGCGCAGGGAGGUCCUGGCCGUAGGGAAGACGUUCCUGCAAGUGGCGGCCAGGCUGGAGAAGGAGCGGUUGGCGCUGAACCCGACGGUGCAGGCCGCGCAGGCCGCCCUACGGCAGGCCCACGAGGAGACCCUCAAGAUGCUGGCCACGUACAAGGAGGCGGAGCAUGCGCGGGAGUUGGCGAGCGGGGCGCUGCGGCUGGCGCAGGCGCAGCUGGAGAGGCGGCGGAAGGACUGGGCGCGCCGGCUGGUGGAGAAAGACCAGGUGAACCAACUGAAGGGGGACGUGCGCGCGCUGCUCAAGUCGCGGGAGCAGCAGCGGAAAGCCAUCCAGGCCAAGGCGCAAGGCCGGCGGGAACAGGAGGCGAAGGCCAAGGCGCAGGCCCUCGCGCGCGCCCUGGGGGCGGGCGCCGGGUCGGGCGCGGCGGAGCGGGUGGACGUGGAGGGCGAGAAGCUGAGCAAGCGGUUCAGCAUGAUGAUGGCCGCCUCGGGGUGCAAGAACCUGCGCGACCUCGUGUACAAGGUCUGCACGCAGACCGACCAGCACGCGCACCUCACAGUGGACGCGGAGGACAGCAAGGCCAAGGUGGCGGCACUGCGGGAGGAGGCGGCCCGGCUGCAGUCGCAGCUGCGCGACCUGCACUUCGUGGAGGCGGGCAUGCUGGACAACCGCAAGAAGAUCGACCUCGCGGGGGAGGCGCUCGCGCUCGCGGAGCGAAAGGCCGCCGACGCCACCCUCCGGACGGCGAGGGGGCGGCGGGGGGAAGACGGGCUGGCGGGAAGGGGCUGCACGUGCGCGUGGUGGAGCCGGGGAAGGGGGCCGGGGGCCAAGAAAGCCAAGGGGGGCCGCAAGGACGGGGGGGGGGGCAUGUCCGCGAUGGCCAAGGGGCUGCAAAUGCAGACGGUGUCCCGGCUGUGGCUGGAGGACGCGCGGCUGUCCGCGCACGACGACGCGCACGCGGACGGAGCGGGGCCCAGCAGCAGCGACGAAGAGCAGGACGGGCACAGUGGACGGGUCUCGCUCGUCCGCUCGCGCACUCACAGCGACGUCGAGAGCCGGCCGCCCCGGCCCCCCGGCAAGGGAAACGCCCGGACGUCCAACUUCCACGCCCCGAGAAGGAAAGCCCCAUUGCCCGCAAAAGGCGCAAUUCCGGAGGCUCCGGAUGCCGACGACUUGCUGCAGCCCGUGCGAACACGGGAGGACAUCAAGAAAGAGGCGGCAGCGAGGAUGCAUCCGACACACGAUGCUCGGGAACCCGUUGCUCGGGAACCCGUCUGUGUAGGCUAACGAAAGGGGCAGGGGAGACUGGUGGC